GCCAUCUUGACGCUGUAACCAUACCAACUUCCGUGACUUUUUCUCGUGAAGUCUCGAAGGAAGCGAGACCAAGACGAGCACCUGUUAACAUGUUAGGCCGGGUAUCAAGAGCGUCUGCUACAAAGGUAUCGAGAUAUUUUUCAAGUACGUGUCGUUCCAAUGGAAAAUUUAAUGAACCAUUAUCGGGACACGAUAUGCCGAGAGCUGGAGGAAUCGCUUCGAUGAUGCGACUGCCAGUACAAGAUGAUGCGAGCGGUUUGUAUGCCUGCUUUGUUGGUGUACCCCUAGACAUUGGCACGUCUAACAGGGCAGGAACUAGACAUGGUCCUCGGCAAAUACGGGCAGAAUCCUCACUCUUACGCAAGGUCAACAUCUCCACAGGUGCUUCUCCAUAUGAUUCCUUCCAAGUUGCUGAUGUUGGAGAUGUAAAUUUGAACCUGUACAAUCUACCUAAGGCUUGUGAAGAUAUCCGUAACCAUUUCUCUCGCAUUGUACAGACCGGGUGUAUACCUUUGGCCCUGGGAGGUGACCAUACCAUGACCUAUCCGAUUCUACAGGCUAUCAGGGACAAGCAUGGCCCUGUAGGUUUGGUCCAUGUUGAUGCCCAUGCUGACACCAAUGACACAAUGCUGGGUGAGAAAAUUGCUCAUGGGACACCUUUCCGUCGUGCGAUGGAGGAGGGCUGCCUGGACGGACAUCGCGUUAUACAGAUUGGUCUUCGUGGUUCUAAUUACAACGUCACAGAUUACGACUGGGGUAGAGAACAGGGUUUUCGUGUAGUUCUAGGCCAUGAGUGUUGGCACAAGUCCUUGACCCCCCUCAUGUCCGAGGUGAGAGAGAUGAUGGGUGACCGCCCUGUCUACAUUACCUUUGAUAUUGAUGCCCUUGACCCUGCCUAUGCUCCAGGAACAGGUACACCAGAAAUAGCAGGCCUCACACCUAUACAAGGACUGGAGAUUGUAAGAGGCUGCCGGGGCAUGAAUAUUGUUGGAGGUGACUUGGUCGAGGUGUCCCCAUCAUAUGACCCCUUCGGCACAACAGCCUUGACUGGUGCUAACAUCCUUUUUGAGAUGUUGUGUGUUCUUCCAGAAUGUAAAUAUUUACAUUAAGGAACAGGUGACACAAACAGAAAUAGUUUUACUGUUUCAAUCAGUUUUGGUACACCGCCCCAAUUAAAACCUGAUCUCUAUCAUAAUCAGAACAUCGUACAUAUUACUCAAAGAGUAGAAACUACUUUUUCUGAAUCAAAGAAAAAUACUUCUUCACAGAGUUAGCAUGAAAAUUUAUUGAAAUGGCUACAUGUGGUGUUUCACAUUAUGCCAACCUAUACCAUAACACAUUUCAGUACAAAAAAAGAAAUACACCUACUUAUCAUAAAUUGAAAUACAUAUUUUCAAUGUGCCAGUUUAAGCUAUAAAUCAUACACAGCCACGUAGCCAGGCAAGGGGUAUGUAACCGGUGGUGGAUAUCGAGCCAGCAGUAUGGUCAUAUCUACAAGGUGGAUUUUCUUUUAUAUUACACAUCAAUAAAAACUUAGUGUGAUUGAUGGUAAGGAAAUGCGACACAAUUUUAAAGUGAUUUUACCUAUACUAGAAUAUUAAUAUUUUUGGAUGCCAAAUGCUUGAUACCGGUAACUUGAUUUAUACUUUGUUAAUUUGUACUUGUUAAUUUAUAUUGAUUUUAUUUCUUUACAUCAAUGUAAUUGUUGAAUUUUUAUAAAUAUAAUCCUGUCAUAAUUAAAUCUUCAAUGAAUGCAAAAAUGUGUUGUUUCAUGUGUCUGGAAACGGUUGUCAUAGUGCUUAUCACUGUAAUUGAAGGAGAAAUGAAAAAUAUCUUGCCAGUGCUGGGCCUUGACUUCUCUUUCUCUC